AUGCCCCCGAUCAGAAACUUCACUCUUACACCUUCCCGCCUGAAAGACCUCCUCCUCCUCUUCUCCCUCCUCGCCGUAGUCUACCUCACCUUCCGCAACCCUCUGCCGCGAGCUCCGCCGUCAGAUCGUGCCGAUCUCACUACGUCUUCCGCCCCCACCACUCGCAGCCACAUCCUCUUCUCCAUAGCCUCAUCCUACGGCGCCUUCCUCCGCCGGAAACCUUACAUCAACCUCUGGUACGAGCCCAACGCCACCCGUGCUUUCGCCUUUCUGGACGCCGUCCCAGCCGAUCUCCCCUCCGAUCUCCCCUCCGAUCUCCCUCCGGUGAUAAUCUCCGAGGACACAUCUCGAUUCCCUUACACCUUCAAAGGCGGGCUGCGAUCUGCAAUCAGAGUUGCGCGGGUUGUGAAGGAAGCCGUGGAGCUCAAUCAAACCGGCGUGCGGUGGUUCGUCUUCGGCGACGACGAUACGGUUUUCUUCGUCGAUAAUUUGAUUAAGACGCUGUCGAAGUACGAUCACACGCGGUGGUUCUACAUAGGGAGCAAUUCCGAGAGCUACGAGCAGAACGUGAAGCAUUCAUUCGAUAUGGGCUUCGGCGGUGGCGGUUUUGCAAUCAGUUCCCCUUUGGCUGGGGUUUUGGCUAGGGUUUUGGACUCUUGCUUGGUGCGUUACUCCCAUUUGUACGGCAGCGAUGCCAGGAUCUUCUCUUGCUUGGCCGAGUUGGGUGUUGGGCUGACUCACGAGCCUGGCUUCCACCAGGUUGAUUUGCGUGGGAGUUUAUUCGGUUUGCUUUCAGCUCAUCCAUUGUCGCCAUUGAUAUCUCUUCAUCAUCUGGAAGCUUCAACCCCUGUUUUUCCCACCAUGAACCAAACUCAGGCUAUGGAACAUCUUUUCCAGGCUGUGCAUACUGACCCAACUAGGAUCCUGCAGCAAGUAGUUUGUUAUGACCACACAAACUCCUUCACUGUUUCAAUAGCGUGGGGCUAUUCGAUUCAGGUGUUUGAAGGGAAUGAGCGUCUUCCUGAUCUCCUCGCGCUGCAGCAGACCUUUUCGCCGUGGAGAAGACAUCGAAACCCACUUGCUGGCUAUUACAUGUUCACCAUGAGACCCUAUCCUAAAGAUCCAUGCAAAAGGCCUGCUGUCUUCUUUAUGAAAAAUGUUAAGUCUGGUGAAGACGGGAUUUGGAGCAGUUACACUAGGCACAAUGUUGAGGAUUGCCCUAGGGCUUCUAGAGCCAUAAAUAAUCUCGAGUACAUCAAGGUAUCAUCGGAUAGAUUGACGCUUGAUUCUGAACAGAUUUGGGCUCCACGUCGGCAGUGUUGUGAUGCUUCUUCCUCAUCUGAGAAAUCCAUGGAAAUAGAAAACUGCAAGAAUUCUGUUGCUCGGUUCGACCCGACUGCUGAGGAAUUUGAGGAUUGGCCUUGA